GAUUUUCGUUGCGAGGAUUGUUUCUCAUAUCUCAGCCAGCAAUCGUCCACUUUUUACGCCAAUGUGGAAAAGCCUGCCGAAGCUAUUAAAAAAUUAUCUCCGGUACUUGAACUUUACGUUCAAGAGGAUGGAAGAAUGGAAUCUCCAUUACAGUGUCAACCGGAUAAGCUAUAUAUGAUAUCCUUAGAUGAACUCAAAAGUCACAUUAAUCCAAUGAAGAGUUGUGAUGAAGCAAUCAAAAAUGUGGUCACCACUUCUGUAAAUUGUGAAGAUGCUGCCUACGUUUUCCUAGGAACUCAUGAAGUUUCAACUGAGCGCAGCGGUCGGCUCUAUCAAAACGGAAGAAUUUCAUUUUAUUUAACUCAACUGGAAGUAGAGGACUCAACUGGCUUCAUACAAGAAAUCGAAUUUUAUGAUAUGAACAUAACCGGAGGAGAUCCUAAGCUAACGGUUGAGCUUAUAGCCGAAAAUUCGACUGCAUCGUUACGAUUCAAUGUAGUUAUUAGUAAAGGAUAUUUUCAGAUUGACUCGUUUACAUUUAACGAUACCACUUAUUAUGUUUCUGACCUCUAUGCACCAAUAAGUCAUUCGUUUUCUUGUGGAAAAAUACUACUUAAAAAGGACAAGAAGAAGCUCAUAAUUAAAAGAAUGCAGAUUCAAUACGAUGUCAUACCACAUCCCAGUGAUUUUAAGUUCAAAGAUGCUUGGACAUGUGAGGGAUUCACCUCCCCUGGCAUAAUAUCUGGACUUUUUGUAACGGCUAUUUUUGUUGGCGUUUUGUCACUUGGUAUUAGUAUGUUGAUGAAUGUUCAAUCACCAACGAAAUUUGAAACUCCAGGAGGACCUAUAUUACACAUAAACGUAGUUGAGUAAUAUAUAGUAGAAAUGAUAAAAAAACUUC